AUGGCCGACUACCGAGGUCGAGAUCGCAUCAUAUACGACCCCGACGCAGUAGACCACGUCUACCCCCAAUCUGGCGCACGUUUCCGCUCACCCUCUCCAUCCCCAGACCGCAUGUCACGCUACGAGAGGCGCCCUCAGCGCUUCCACGAUGAUUUCACUGAUGACGGCCGGUCCGACAUCGACUUUCGAGGCCGCCCCGGCCCCGCCGGCGGCUACUACCAUGACGAGCCCCAACCUCGUUAUAUUCCCAGAGAGAUGUCCCCGGAUUACCGCGCCCAGCGCGCUCCAGAGCGUCGGGCGAAACAUUCCAGUUCCGGGAACCGUCGCCCGAGCGCCGCCCGGCCCCGCGUCGACCCGGCAGGGGACGACUUCAUGCACGCGUACGGCAACUCCCCUGACGUCACGCAUGCGGGCCAUGCGGAUCGACGACGGCCGCACGGGCAGGGCGGCUACCGCGACGAGUUUAGCGAUUCGCACAGCCUCACCAGCGGCGCUGGUCUGGGUCUGGGAUACCCUGCCGCCGCCAUGCCCCCGGCGCCGUCGGCUGCCUCGGCCGAACGCGUGCGGGAGCGGGAGGUGGUCAAGGUGCACAAGCGGAGGAGCAGGAGCCGCAGCAGGGAAUCGUUGACGAGCCGGAGCUACUCGAGGAGGAGCUCUUCGCGUUCUAGAUCCAGCUCGAGCCGCUCGAGCAGCCCCAGCCGAGCCACGAGUGUCAGGAGCGGCGGCGAUUCGUAUCCCAAGAAGGGCAAGACCAAGAUUCCUUCCAAGUUGCUGUCCAAGAGGGCGCUGCUCGAUCUGGGUUACCCGUUUCUCGAUGAGGGCAAUACCAUUAUCAUUCUCAAGGCGUUGAAUCAAGAGCAAAUCGACCAAGUCCUCCGUGUCAGCGAGGAAUACAAAAAGCUCGAAAUUUCUGCCGCCCGUUCUUCCGCAGGAAACAUUGCCGAAGAGCGCCUCCUCGAGGAUCUCCGCAUGGCUCAAGCCCCGUCCAUCGCUCCGGCUCCCAUCAUCAUGGAGGCGGCUCCCCGGCAGCGCCAGUCCUUGUCCAUCAACCCGCUCAAGAGCACUUAUACCUCGACUACGUUCCCCUCGACCAUUACCGACUCGACCAUCACCGCGCCAGUGGUGUACGAACGUAGACGCCGGCACUCGGGUCCUCUCGUCGUACGCCGAAAGUCGCGCUCCCGGUCCCGCCACGGCAAGGACAUCCGCGCCGAGAUCCGGGCGCUGGAGGCGGAGCUGUACGAGCGCAAGAGCCACAAGCACAGGCCCCGUGGCGAUGUCUCAGUGGGCGGCGACCUCGUGCGGGUGGACAGGCUCGGGGAUGGGCAGGUGGUCAUGUUUGAGGAGAGGGUGGAGAAGGUGGAGGAGGGCUACCGGGGUCCUAGGAUCGAGAGAGACAAAAGAGGACCGCCUCCCGCGUUGGUGAGGGCCAUGCUCAAGACGGUGACUUGA